AUGACAACUGCCAUUACCAUUAUGUCGGGCGACCAACUCGAGAAGGCUAUUGCCUGCAAUCGUUUUUACCACCGCAGCAGCUCGGCCGCCUUUCCACCGGCCCAGUUCGCCAGUUUGGAUCCGGAGUCGGCCAUCUUUGCUGCGGCCGUGGCGCGGUGGCAGCGGGACCAUGCCCUCAACAUAGACGGCAUCCUGGGUCCCAAGACGGCCGCGGCCCUCCAAGGGCGUACAUGGAAGUCACCCAAGGGCGAAAAUUACCUCAUCGUCAAGGGCGAAAAGGUCCCGACGUCGUUUCCGGUCGUGCAUUGGACUCACCCAGAAGGCUUCAGCUUUGAGCGGGUCAUCGAGGCGAUCCCAGACUUCAACGGAGUUGGCAAGCGGGCCAAUCCGACGAUUGGUGGGAUUGAACGCUUCGUCAUUCACUGGGACGAGUGCACAUCAUCACACGACUGCUUCCAUGUCCUUUUGUGGCGAGGGCUGUCUGUGCAGCUUUUCCUAGACUCUGAUGGCACGUUGUACCAGGGUAUGGAUCUGGUGAACGAUUUGGGCAGACAUGCUCGGUGGACAAACGAAACCUCUGUUGGCAUUGAGAUCAACAAUCCAGUCACACUUCGUAAAACCUACAAUGUGCAAAACAGGAAGAUUGUCCGAGCACAGGAGCCGCACACAGCUGAUCCGAACUGGCGGCACUUGGACUACACGGAAGUGCAGAAGUCCGUUAUGAAGCAGCUUGUGCCGGCCAUAUGUGAUGCUUUGGAGAUCCCGCGCACGCUGCCACAAGACGACAGCGGCGAGGUGCCCAAGGGCUUGAUUCCGGACCCAACCGAGUACAAAGGGGUGAUGGGGCACUACCACCUGCAGACAGACAAAGUAGACCCUGGCUACACCUUGUGGCCGCUGCUCUUGAAGGUGUUGUAA